UUUAAUAUCCUCUUUCCUCUUCUUUAUAUAUUCCCAACCUCACUCUGUCUUCGUCCCAACUCUCCUUCCUUUUUUCCUCUCAUUUUCUUUUGCCUCCCGUUACUUUCUUUUUCAACUAAACAGCGACGACGACACAAUAGCUUCACCUUCACACUCAAAGAUUUCUUUUCUUUUCAUAAAACACCAAAUGAAACAACUUAUCCGCCGUCUCUCCCGCGUCGCCGACGCUUCCUCGCGAUACAGCCGCCUUCGUUCCGACACCAACUCCACGUACCGAGCUCAAUCGUUCCGAGUCGGAGUUUCUUCGUUCAAAAAGCAGGCACGCCGGUCGGUCCCUGAAGGUCACGUGCCGGUUUAUGUUGGGGAAGAGAUGGAGCGGUUCGCGGUGAGCGCGGAGUUGCUGAACCACCCGGUUUUCAUUGGGUUGCUUAAUAAGUCGGCUCAGGAGUACGGGUAUGAGCAAAAAGGGGUGCUUCAUAUUCCGUGUCACGUGCUGGUUUUUGAACUCGUUAUGGAAGCCUUGAGACUUGGGGUUGAGUCACAUGACCUCCAGGAUCUCCUUCGUUCUUUAUCCGACGACUGUUUUUUUGAUUUCUAGGAGGAUGAACAGGAACAAAACCAGGUCGUUUCCUGUCUUUGUCGUGUGUGUGUGUGUAAAUAUACAAGGUUAAAGGAAAAGUGAAGAAAUUUAGAGUUUUUUUGGGUAGUCCUUCAAUGUAAACAGGACUGAACAGAAAUGGAUGAAUUGCUCUUUUUUGCCCUACAUAUAUAUUUUUGUUUUAAUUUUCUUUUUUUUGUCAGAAUUAAUUUUCUGUUUGGUAAUUAAGAAAAUCAUAAUGUUGAAAGGAAAGUAAGACGGGAAUGUUUGAGAUUCUGACUGCUCUCAUUCAUGCGUGAAGCGGUUUUAAAAUGCUGCAAUUUCUGUUCGGUUCCAAGGAAAACUGAAGGGAAAAUUUGAAAAUACAAUAAAGUUUUUUUCUUUUGUUAAUGUCAAAAAGAUCCAACGACUAGCCAAAAGGGGUUCUUGGUUCAGUUGCAUG